UGUUACGCGUACGCUAACAUUGUUCUGUGACUAAUAAUAUAAGUGGUCGUGUGAUAACUAAUCGAAUCUUUGGUCAUAAAUAGUUUUAACAAUUAUUAUUCAGUGUUAGGCCGUGACUAUCUGGUAUACAGUGUCAGUUACUCUAUUUAGUUCCAAAACAACAGGACUAGGAGAUCAUGACGAUGUACGACUGUUUUCUCGAGAUUGCAUUCGAAGCAGAGCUGGACACAAAGGAAGAUCCGGAGCUACUGGAAAUAUCUUCAAGAAUAUGUAACGAGAACUUAAGUACCAGGGCUACAGCUAUCACAGAAUUGAGGAAGAUGAUUUUCGAUCGCGGCGAGUGUGAGCCGCGUCGAACAGAUGACGAGUACUUGUUACGGUUCCUUCGAUGUAAAGACUUCAUCGUACCGCGGGCGCACAGGCUGUUGGUAAGAUACUGCAGGUUCAGGGAGGAUCACCCUCAUCUCUACCAGGAUGUGGAUCUGUGGAGCCUCAUGAAGGUUGGCAACAUAUACGAAUGCUGUUUGCACGACAAACCUGGAGUUGGGCGGCUCUCCAUCGUGAGGCUUGGUAAAUAUGAUACCACGGAAAUUGCAGUGGAAGAUUUAUUACGAACAGCUCUUGUGGUCAUGGAAAUUGGUCUCAGACAACCGAAGAACCAAGUUCUUGGAGGCACAAUCAUUGUGGACUUAGAAGGGCUUAGUUUAAAACAAAUAUCAACAUUGACACCUUCUAUUGCUUACCAGAUAGUCUCCAUACUUGGGGGAGCAACACCAGCGAGGCUUAACUCACUCCACCUGAUAAAUUACACCUGGCUGCUGAACACGUUCUUCUACAUCUUCAAGAAGUUCAUCCCUCAGAAUGCUUGGGACAGAAUACAUUUCCAUGGCAGUGAUCUGAAGUCACUGCAUAAAAUUGUCGACCUCGAAUGUCUUCCAGCCAGAUACGGAGGCACUUGCAAUAGUGUGGUUUCUGUUUCGAAGUGGUUACAGAAGAUUAAGAAGUACAGAGAUGGAAACUUCGACAGGGAAAUGAAAGAACUUGGGUACUUAAUAAAGGAAUAGAAACUUAUGAUAAGGUCUGGUGUGUUGAAUGAGGUCUAGGAACUUGUAGCGUUUUUAACGGUAAAUAGCAUUAUGGGAAAUAAUAGACUUAAAUGUGCCUUUGAAUUUAAUGGUAAUAAUAUUUAAAUUAUUUGUAGAUUUUACAAUCACUGCGUUUUAUGAAGACCGCUUUGUAAUGAUUGAAAAUUUGCUUUAUUGUGCACUAUAGACUAAUUAUUAUUCAUAUCAAUAAGAAAAUAUUUCAAAAUUAAGUGACUUCAAACGUGAUAAAUCAGAAACUGUUAAUCAUGUGUUAAUAUAUGCAUGAAUAUUAAGUUAUAUGGUCACAAAUAAAUUAUGACAAUAUCAUUAAUUAUAACUUACACAUUAUUUAUUACUCGCGGUAUUUUAAGCCAAAUAAAUCUAGGUCAAAUAUCGAAUCGAUGUAUGUAAUUUGUAAACUUAGAUUAAGGACUAAUCUCCGCUGCGCACCCAUUAGAUACCGCAGGCGUAGCCGCCAAGUGCGGCAAGUACUAUUGCGCCCAAGUUGGUGCACUACAACCAGUCUCGUUGUUAAUUAUUUAAACUAAAAUACCGGGUUGCAUAGUACAACUUUAUAAAAUAAUACUACAAGAUAUAAGAAAGACACUGGUAUCACAUAUCAUUAGUAAAUCGAAGCGUAUAUAAGUUACAAAGUUUGAAAGAUGCCAUUGAGUGUCAAGAUGCCAUGCAUACCGUAAUAAUAAAGCUAUUGUUCUUAAGUAGUGCGGUAUCUAGUUGGAGCGCAUCGGAAACCAAUCCUUAAUCUUAGAUUGUAAGAUAGUUUUUAAGAAAAAAACUAUUUAAAUUUUUUAAUCUCAUCUUGAUAUUUUAAUAUGGUUGUUCAAAAUUUAAGAAGAGCAAUGUAAGAAUUAGUUUUUAGGGAAUUACCUUUUCUAAUGAUUGUAGAUUCCCUCUGUAUAUAUUUAUAUAUUAUAUCUCUGUAUAUUUAGAACAAUAGAUUAUGGUUUAAGGCGAAGAGUAAGCAGAAAACACGCAAACAUGGUGUUUUAGACAAGUUUAGUGGUGAAAAUAUAGCAUUUCGAGCUAUGAACACUACUUAAUCCUGUUACACAUAUCUUUAAGUCUUGUUUGUAGGUUGCUAAUGCUUGCUGUUGGUUAUAGUUAACACUGCCGAGCCUUUUUGAACUACCACAUUUCUUUGAAGUUAAACAAGUUUUUUGGCAUGGCGUGACGCAUUCUCAGAAAAGUUAUUCUUAUAGCUUGUAUUUUUUGCGAACGUUCAUUUUUUCAGAUUAGUAGUGAAUAACGAGGAUUGUAAGCAUAUAAACUGUUUUCCACGCAAUAAUUUUGAAAAUAUUGGCUUUGUUACAUAGAUGGCGGGCCGGCAGCCGUGAACUCAUAUCGCUCAAGGUCGCUGGCAUUUAGUGUCGCCUUAAGUUUUUAAAACGAUCAGCUAAUUGCGAUAUCAUUAGGAAUGUAAGGCCGAUUACUUCAAAAAGCAGGGAAGAACGGUACAGAUCGGAUUUAAAACAUCUGUUUUCUUAAUCUUCAGUGGGUUUAAUGAAUUAAUACAAAUUGCAAGAUCAGUAUUAGCAAAGACAUAAACGCAAUUACCUUUAAGAUACAUGAAAAUGUUAUUACUGUAUAUUAAUACAUGUUACCAAUAUAAAUAUAGCAUACUAGCUGACCCGGCAGACUUCGUACUGCCUCAACCGAUAAAUAAAAGACCUAAACUUUUGCAUUAAAUAAACUUAAAACAACAAAAGGAAUCCUUUUUUUAACUGUUACUAUACGUGUUUUAAGGAAGUUAAUUUUUUACUUCCUUAGAAACGACCGCGACGGGGGACACGUCGAAGGAAAAUCAAAAUAAUUUUUUAUUUAAUUCCGAGUAUUUUACUAUUUAUUCUACCUUUUAAACCUUCUCUGGACUUCCACAAAUAAUUCAAGACCAAAAUUAGCAAAAUCGGUUCAGCCGUUCUCGAGUUUUAGCGAGACUAACGAACAGCAAUUAAUUUUUAUAUAUAUUGAAGAUUAUGUAUUCGCUCAAGCAUUCAGUAAUUUAAAAAAAAUACCAUCUCAAAAUAAAGUUAAAAUAAAGUUAUCAAAUCGAAUAUAUGUAUAAGUUUAAGCGAGGUCAAUGAACGAUUUAAAUUUAGUGUUGCAACAAUUGUUAACACUAAAAUAUUAAAUAUUGGCAUUCAAAAGUAACAUUUUUGAUGUGGCAACACUUUCAAGGUAAAAUUUAAUAGCAUUGUUUCAUUCUUUUCAUUUAAAAUAAAUUUGAUAAAUCCAAAUAAAAGUCUAAGUUAUGUGUUAGAGCUAAUUAAUGAUUAAGUAUUUAUUAUUAAUAGUUUUUAGUCAAAAGCAUAAAUAACAAACUGCAUGUUAUUAAUAAGAGAGAAUUAAACGUCGCAGCAUUUUUUAAUAGUAGACAUUUGUGUAACAAGAGCUCAAAUUGAUAUUUUAUUCGUCAAGAGCGUUAUUUUGAAUUUAGAGCGAAGUGAUGUUAGCUUGUUGAAUUAUAAAGUAGAAUCCUGAUAGUAGUCGGCUAAUAGCGUGGAAAACAAUAUUAUGCCGCCCUAGUACAAAAUAUUUUGGACCCCUAGGUAACACUCAUCAAAACCUAUAAGAAAAAACUUAAGAGUUCCUAGGUAGGCACUCUUGUGAUCUAAUUUGAUAUUUAAUUUUGGUGCCGUACACUACCAAGGCUAGUCAAACUUUUAAUUCGCUGUGAUGAGAACUAUUUAAAUAAAAUUAGUAAUUUAUUAUGUUCCUCAUAAAUUAAGAUUAAUUACCAGUGGGAGGCUCCUUACCAGUGCGAGCCCCCUUUGCACAGGAUGCCGGCUAGAUUAUGGGCGCGCCUAUUUCUGCCGUGAAACAGUAAUGUAUAAGAAUUACUGUCUUUCGGUCUGAAAGGCACCGUAGCUAGUGAAAUUACUGGGCAAAUGAGACUAAACAUCUUAUGUCGCAGGGUGACGAGCGCAAUUGUAGUGCUGCUCAGAGUUUUUGGGUACUUUAAUAAUCCUGAGUGGCACUGCAUUGUAAUUGGCAGGGUGUAUCAAUUACCAUCAGUUGCUCGUCUGACUGAUUUUUUUUUACUAUCCCGUAUGGGCAUAGUAAAAAAAAUUUAGAAUAGAUAUGCGACAACCGCAUGUAACUGCUGUAAAUAAGUCACUCGUCCCAACACUGAAGAGAAGGUAACUAUUUUUUCGCUCAAGAAACGAGCAACAGAUAUAGAUCCCGUGGAAGCAAAAGAGAUAAAUAUAGUUAUAGUCAUAGACUUAGUAUUUACUAAUCUAUAGACUACCAGACAGAUCGCCUUCUCGAAUACAGAGGGAACAAAAGUCUGCGACAGGCAAACAGUGACUUCAGUGGAAUAUUAUCAAUAUUUUUGUCUUUUUUCUGUGUAUAUUUUCGAUAUUUUUUUGUCUUUAUGGGAUAUCUUUUUUAAAUUAAUACAGCUUGGAUAUCAGGGCUGCAUAACAUUAAAGCAGUCAUGCAUCAAUUGUGACUCACUGCUCCUGGUAGUUAGGUGCAAGUUGCAUGAAAUCUUGCCGCUGCGGUCGAAAACCAAACAAAAAUCUUUUAUAUAUUAUAGCCGCGACGUUUACUUAAAUGUGCUUUAAAUGUGCUCUCAAGCAAAUUACGAAUACAUGUAAAAUAAAGGCAAUGAAUAUGAGUUUUUUAGUUGUUCAGCAUUGUUUGAGUUUUGCAUAGAGGCUGCCAGUCACGUGCAACUUCUACUGCGAUAUCGUCCUAUUUCAACAUAUUACUCAAAAUUCUUACAUCUCCGCUUCAGUGAUCAGGCUGCCUAAAUGCAUUCUACAGUGGGUUCGAUAUUCUAAGUUACUUCAUUAUGUAUCGGUCUUGCGAGAUAGGAAUUGUAUUCUCGAAGCAAAAGUGUACUAAGUUUAUAAUUCUACGAUAAGUUCCUACGUACAUUAUAUUGUGGCCUUCUAAGUUCCAGUUUAUAAGUGUUGUGUGGAUACUUCUAGUCUAAUGUGAUUAUAUAAUUAUUAUUGUCAAGGCUUAUUGAAAUUGUAAUGCUGUGAAUUUAAUAAACUAAUUAAAAUA